UCGCUAAGAAAAUAUGCUAUUUUUAAUUUAGUGCAAAUAGCUGCUGCCUCACAAAAAAUAUCUCAGUAUCUGUAUUAAAAACAGUGUUUUCAAAAAAUCAGCAAGGCAAAACUAUUACAAAAUUCAUCCUCUAGAGUUUUUAAUGUAUAAACGUGAGGCUGUAAACCUAGCUCAUUUGAAGAUGAAUUUGGGUCAGUGGUUUGAAUGGCAUACAUGCAUAUGUGGACCUCAAAGACCGCUCAGCAGAUACACGUCAAACAUUUUCAGUCACAAAGAAACCUAACUGCUGAUACGAAGCAUGAUACAGCAGGCAUCAGCAAAACACUUUAAAUGUGACAAGGUUUCUUGAAAUAAAACAGUUGCUCUUUAUUUGUGCUGUACUGUAUAGUAUUGUUAUCAACAGACUGUUAUGCUUGAAUUAUAUGCCAGAAAUAGCAGUAAAGACUGACUGCUUUACAACAGGCCUAGCCUAUGUUAUUACCUAAUUUAUUUUCCACCUUUCGGCUGAAUAUGCUGAAUAAAACACUUUUAACUGCUAAUAGUUGAUCGGUUUCAUCAGCAGUUGUUUUGUGAACAAUUAAUAAUAUGAAAUAGAUUAUUUCUAAAAAUAAUAAUAAUAAAUAAAUAAAUAAAAUGUAGGUAAUUUAACUCCCACAAAGCCUAUAGAAAACGCAUAAUAUAGCGACAUCUAGAGGUGAUUAAAAGAAGGUAAUUAGCGUUAUAUUUUUUCCCAAAAUGUCUUCUGCAACCCGGUGUUAUGAUUUUUAUAUUUGUAUUUUUAUAUUUAUAUUUGAUUUUUCUUUUAUGCCAAAAUUCAUCAGGAUAUUAGAUAACUAUCGCGUUCCAUGAAUAUAUUUUGUACACCUUAAAUAUACCAAAACUUAUUAGUAGUCUAUAUGCAUUGCCAAGGAUUUUAAAUGCUCAACUUUUGGCCUUUUAGAUUAUUUUUACACCCUCAUAUUGCAGAUUUUACCUUUUUAACGCCACUUAAUGGCCAGUUAUGUAGCGCGCGCGUUACAGGUUUUAACCCACAUGCAGUUUCGAGCUUUUGCAAACAAACCCGAUUUCUUUGUGAUGAAUUGAAACAAUCGAAAAAAACGCGUCCGUUGUCCACGACGGACUCUACCAGCAGCCAGAAGCAGCACUUAAGUUUAUUAGGUUUCCAAUCCUCUUAUGAUGAGACGCGCGCGCGCCGCUCUUGAUUGGAAGCCCCGGCAUCCGGAUACGAGCGUCGCUCAAUCAGCAUCCGGCGCGACACGCAGCCGCUUUGGGAAGCGCUCGGACUUCCCGAACUGCCCGACGGACUUUUAUGGAAGUGAGAUGAACCCGCUGGACACCUGCCGAGACGGUCCUCCCGCGAAACGCGCAGAGUAGCCCGCGCUUCUCCGGCCGCGCGUGAAAUAAUUAUGCAAGGGAACGAACCGGGUUGCUCGUGCCAGCGGUAUCCCAAGGACGUAAUGACUUCGGCUGUUCCUCGAUCGGGAUUCGUCGUCUUUUGCGUGAUUUUAGUCCUGGCUUGUGCCCUCUACCCUGUGCUGAAAUCAUUGUGUGACCAGAUUCACUCUGCUGUCACAGGAAGCUAUGUGGCAGGAUAUCAUUCGGUGCUGCUUGUCAACUGUCCCACAGAACAAACCGCUAGAGACAUCGGAAGGAGCAUCAUGGAGAAAAGGCUGGCAGCAUGCGUGAAUAUAUUUCCUCGCACCAGUACCAUGUACUACUGGAAAGGGGAGAUACGAGAUACCUCAGAAAUACUGCUGCUUGUGAGGACAAGAACAUCUCUGGUGCAGAGACUUGUGACCUAUAUAAAAGCUGUGCAUCCAUACGACAUUCCAGAAAUUAUCAGUUUUCCCAUCGAAGAUGGAAGUCAGCAUUACUUGAAGUGGAUGGAAGAAGCCGUCACUGAUAUUUGACACAUCGUUCUGCGAUCCAGAAGAAAAGCUCUCUUGUUAAAGGAACAUGAGCUAAUUCUCAGGUUAAUGGGAACCCCGGCCCACACAAUGAAUGUCUGUGAAUAUAAAGAUCAGUUGUAUACAUUUACUGAACGGAUGUGUGGAAAGGGACUGCUCUGAUGUGUUUUUUACAAGUACUAUUACAUUUAUGCAUUUAAGCAGAUGCUUUAAUCCAAAGCAACUUACAAUAGAAUAAUUUUUUAGAGCCAACAAUGUUUAUAGUAUGCCAGGUUUAAUAAAACGCUAAAUUUGGAAGCAAAGUAGAGGAGAAAUGCAGAGAAGAAAAGAUUUAUUUUAUUUUUCAUCUUUAAAAGGGCUUAUCAUUUUCAAGAUGCCUUUCGUACUUGCCUGGAUGAGACUGUUACUGUGGUCCGUUUCAGUGACCUGAGGCAUUGUUGCCUGUAAACUCUGCCUGUUUAUUGAGCGCUUUGUCGUUAAUCGCUUCAUUACGAAGCGUAAAACAAAAGCUAAUAUGAAUUCGUUUAAUUGUUCAAAUAUGCGCGUUUAUACAACUUAUUUCUCGUGGUUGGUUAAAUGUUACGUAGAGGUUGAGCAGAAUUUCGAGUGCUCAAGUUUAUUAUUUUGUUAUAGAAUGUAAAUGUUGAUGUUCUUGAUACUGCAUAAGAGUAAAGAAAACAUAAAUCUAAAAGGUCAGUUAUGUUGUGUUUAAACGUCAUAUUAAGCUCCAGAAGGUGUAUUGGGGCUUACACACACACACACACACACACACACACACAAAUAUAAGGAAGUUUAAGUAAUUAGCUCCAGGAGCAAUGUGUCAACACUUAUGGCCAAAACAUCAGCUGUUGCUAAAACCCUUUCAAGCCUCUUAAUUAAAUAGUUUAUAAAUAUUACGGUUGCCCAUACAUUAGCACAUGGGUGCAAUUAAAAGGGGUCUUACAGUAGAUGCUGUAAAUGUUAUUAAAUAUAAAUAUGCUUUCAAAAUAGUUCAGAUGAAAUCGUCUGGGUCUCGCGUAUCUUACGUCUUUUUUUUUCUACACAAAAGAACGACUUCCAGUUAGUUCAUCAGGCACGAGCGAAUCUGAAUCUUUCCGUUCCCUCAAAUAAUGCAACACUCAGAAUCGUCAAAUUGAGCCGAAUGACAAAUGCAGUUUUGAAUAGGUGUAUGCCCGCACUCGUCUGGCUUUUGAAACGGUGUUUCCGGAAACUGGGAAAACACAAUAGAAGUGCAGAUGUGAGGAAGUGCUUUUGUUUGCUAGGAUUUGCUAAAAUCCAGUCACGAUGAAGUCAUUAAUCUGACCGCUCACCUAGUAACCUACGAUGACAUGCCGAUUUUAAGCAUAGGCAGCUUCUUUUUAAAUAACACGUGUGCGGUGUGUUUUAUAAAUAGUACGAUAUUACUCUGUGUCUGUGAUAUCAACUUUAUUUUUAAAGCUCCUUAUGUCUAACAUUCUACAUUUUAGUGUAUUGCUUGAUUAUCAAACCAUUCAUUAAAGAGAAUAUCAG